AUGCUGCUUCUCUCCCCAAUCGUCUUGUUAGCAACAGCAGCCCUGCUUGCCGCCAUCCAACUCAUCCGAUGCGUCAGAUCGCCUCUAAGCAAAAUCCCAGGCCCGACAAUCUCCAAAUUUACGAGUUUAUUCUUCAAAUGGAAAGAGAUUCAUGCCCAAAGAACUGCCUAUGUCCACCAGCUUCACCUGCAGUAUGGCCCUGUUGUCCGCAUAGCCCCCAAUGAGGUAUCUUUUACGUCCUGGGAGGCGCUCAAGGAGAUUUACUGCUCCGGAGGCAGCGGAUAUGACAAGACUGAAUUUUACGACCUUUUCAAGAUUUACGGGAGAAGAACCAUGUUUACUACGCUGGAUAAAGCAGGCCACGCCAAGCGGAAAAGAAUUCUUGCCGACCGCUAUGCAAACAGCAACGUCGUGAAAAGUGCAUCUGUUGCCGGAGUCCAAGAACGCUCGUCCAAAUUUCUGCGACGCUGUGUUUCGUCUCCGGGUGGCGUGGCAGACAUUUUUGUAAACCGCCUCAUCUCGCACUACGUCCCUACGUUGUACCGUCUAUUUUCAAAAGUCCUUUACAUCUUUGUGAAGCCACGAGAAACCCCCCUGGCAGACGACUACGUGCUGGAAACCAGCCAGAUCAGCGGCCCAGCAUCCUUCACCCUCAUGAGCCGCUUCGAGGAAAAGUCCAGUGACCUCGACUACAUCGACAAAGCAGCAGAAUGUCUCGACCACAUGGCCGCCGGCAUCGACACCACCGGCGACGGGCUCUGCUUCCUCCUCUGGGAGCUCUCCCAGCCACGAUCCCUCGGCUUCCAGCGCAAGCUCGCAGACGAACUGCACAGGAAUCCAGAAGCUCCUCUUGAUCGCCUGCCAUAUCUCGAUGCCGUGAUCAACGAGGGCCUGCGGUGCUUCCCGCCGAUUCCAAUGUCCCUGCCGCGGUACGUUCCGCAGGGGGGCCGCUCGAUAGACAACUUUUGGCUACCUGAGCAGACGAUUGUGAGCUGCCAGGCAUAUUCGGUUCAUCGCCUCAACAGCGAGGUAUUUCCGGAUGGAGAUCGAUUCAAUCCUGAUCGCUGGCUGGAGCAAGAGGGCGAUGCAGACCGCAGGCGGAUGCAGUUUGCCUUUUCCAACGGAGGCCGAGGCUGUGUUGGAAAGCACCUCGCUCUUAUCGAAAUGAAGACACUGCUGCGAGACAUCUAUUCCAGCUACAGCACCACGCCGCAUAAGUCGAUGAAGGUGGAGGACAUGGCCAUGUCGGAUCAGCUCAUCUCAUCGAGGCCCCAGGCCCAGAAAUGCCUUCUUCAUUUUCACCCACUCGACUGUGCUCUCGUGGACAUACAUGUGGGUGGCACGUGUGCAUCAUACGUUGGUACUAGUAUCUACUAG